AGCGUCAGGGACCGGAAGUGGGCGUUACCGGGGCGUGGCUCUAGGACGAAGGCGGCGGUGGGGAGAGCGCCUCUCGAUUGAGCACUUGGAUUCAGCUCCUUCGUUUUCAGCAUGGAAGACACUUACAUCGACUCCCUGGACCCUGAAAAGUUAUUACAGUGCCCCUAUGAUAAAAACCACCAGAUCAGGGCCUGCAGGUUUCCUUAUCAUCUUAUCAAGUGCAGAAAGAAUCAUCCUGAUGUCGCAAACAAAUUGGCUACUUGUCCCUUCAAUGCUCGCCACCAGGUUCCUCGGGCUGAAAUCAGUCAUCAUAUCUCAAGUUGUGAUGACAAGAGUUGUAUCGAGCAGGAUGUGGUUAACCAAACCCGGAACCUUGGACAAGAGACUCUGACUGAGAGCACAUGGCAGUGCCCUCCUUGUGAUGAAGACUGGGAUAAAGAUUUGUGGGAAGAGACUAGCACCCCAUUUGUCUGGGGCACAGCCAACUUCUGUGGCAACAACAGUCCUGCAAGCAACAUAGUCAUGGAACAUAAGAGUAACCUGGCUUCGGGCAUGCGGGUUCCCAAGUCUCUGCCGUAUGUUCUGCCAUGGAAAAACAAUGGAAAUGCACAGUAACUGAAUAUCUUAAAUGCCAGGUCCUAGAAGACUCUUGCUUCUUCCUGCUACCCAAGGGUUCUUCAUUUUUUUCUCCUUAUCUAAUAAUAGAAUGAUAAAUUGUCUGUGACUUUCAAACUGACAAGUACCUUUUUUUCUUCCCCGCUUUGAAUUCUCAUUCAUUUGAUGCAAGAACCCCAGAAGAACUUGCAUCAAUCCUUCUGAAAAUGACUUCCUUGAUAAGCCAUCAAGGUAGAUAACUUGAUAGUUUGAUUAAGUUCGUGCAGCCCCAAAAAUCAAAAAUCACAUCCCAAACAUAAUGAUUCGAAGUUAUGUCAAAAGGUCUUGCAAAAGCCAGACAUGGUGGUGCCCGCGCGCAAUCCCAGCCAUUCAGGAAGCUGAGGCAGGAGGAUUCAACUUUACAGGCCAACCUCAGCAACUUAGGGGGAUCCUUAGCAACUUUGCAAGACCUUGCCUAAAAAUAAAAGGACUAGGAUGUAGCUCAGUGGUAAAGUGCCUCUGGGUUCAAUCCUUAGUGUACACACACACAGCCAAAAAAAAAAAAAAAAAAAAAAUCUAGGUAACAUAGGCAGGAAACUUGGAUUGGAGAAAACAAGUAUGUAUUUAUAUUUUAUGAUGUAUGUGGACCAAAUCCUUUUAAGUGUUUAUAGAAAUGGGAUUUUUCUGAUCUAUUAAUCCAGACUCUCUCAGGUGUUGAUAGCAUUUAUAUAGCAAAAUACCCCAUUCUUCUUUAGAAUCUUUAGGACAUCUUGCUGUCUGAAUAUUUCCAACAUAGGGUAGAUAACGUUUUAUUAUCAACCCACAUUUCAGCUAGAAACUACUAGCUGUCAGACGAGGUGUGGAUUAGGUAGGGAUGAAGAUUGAAAUGGAGGGGGAAACAAAUUUGUGUGGAGAAAAGAUAGGCUUUCCACUGUUGUGUGAAAUUUGAUUAAGCUUCGAAACUUGAAUAUGUGAGGGCCUUGGUGACUACCGUGGAAUGUGUGCAUAACAGUUUAGAUUUCUGAAACACCCAAGGUUCUGGCUGUCAUAGCACUUUGUGGGCCCUAACAAAGAGAUGUCAGAAUCUCCUCAGAUCAAUUUUUGUAUUAGUUUGUUGUUUUGGUUCUCCCUCCCCGCACAGGGCUUUGUGCAUGCUAAAUACAUAGUCUAUCCCUGAGUUACAUUCCAAGACAUUUAGACCAAUUUUUCAGUUGUUUUGAAGUUUAGUUUGUUUUUAUAACUAUAUGACCUGGGGAGGGACUUGAAAUCUGGUAUAGACAUGGACUGAGAUGAAGCAUGCUGACAAAUGCGUCCAAAAAUGUUCUCUCUAGCAUUGUUUGCAGGUGACAGAUAAGAAGGGGAAUGGGCUACUACAAUACUUCCUUCCAAGAGUUUGACUCAAAACAGGAUUCUCUUCUAAUAAAAGCAGAGCUGUCUUAUUUAUUUUGUUCCAAACUCUAAAAACAGGUUCAAGAUAAGCUCCCAGUACAAUACUAUUUCUUCCUCUACCUGCGUGAUCUUAAGCAAAUAGAUUAUUUCUUCUGGAGAGGGUGGUAAUAUAUUGAGGAAAUAAAACCCUCCCAGGUGUCCCUCAUUUUGGACAUUUAUUUUGGGGCAUUAAUCAACAAUGUAACUUUGUUUUAAAGAAUACUACUGGAUACAAACCCCUUUGAUUUUGUUUAUUUUGGUGAUGACAGAACAAAACAGGCCAUAUAAUACUUGUAACCAGGAGCUCCUAACUAGUUAAGAAAAACAAGAGGUAUGAAUCUUACCACAAUAAAACUCAACAAAGGAAUUGAAUAGAAAAUAGUUACUUUGUGUUCUUUUCAAUGUCCAAAGGGCUAAGAAAACUAAUAUCUACCAUUUAUGAAAAAAAAAAUCUUAGUUUUUUAUUUUGGGAGGAGAUCUCUUUGCUCAUGACUACUAGAACCUAAUCACAAAAUCAUCUUCCAACCUUCUGGAGCAUGAAUAGCACUCAUUAUAGAAGAAUGUUAAUUUUGAUAGCUCACAAAGUAGUCCUCUUGUUUUCUUAGUAAAUUAAUUAUUAAAGAUGCUACUAUGUCUGAUUCACAAGCUUUAAAAGACUGCUUGGAAUUUUCAUUGGGCCUAGGAUUCACUAGUAUGGAUUUAAGUUUUCUGGAAAUGUUUGGAGAGUCCUAAAAACCAGAACAAAGAAAUGGUUCUUUAUCUCUACCACUUCUGUCAGAAAUUGGGAGAUGCUGCUGAUCUUUGGGACCCUCUUAUCUUGGGAACAUUCUUUUUUAGAGAGAUUCCUCCUUUGAAAUCUCAAUAGUAUAAGGUAAAAAGUUGAAUAUUCUCCUUAGUUUCAAUUAGUCAAGUAUUAUGGUUAAAGGUUAAAGCAGAAGUGUUUCAAAAUCUUGGCCUAAAAAGCUAAACUCUGAGUUCUACAUCUUAUCCAGGGCUUCCAUACUCUACCUCAAGGAAAGGAUUUGCUCUUUGGAAGAUUGCCUUUCUCUGCAAGGUUUCUACAAGUGCCAUUGUAAUUUGCAAAUGUUCUCACCAGGAAUAAACACAUGUUGAUGAUAAGUGAUGCUUAACUCUCCUGGCAGUUUUAUCUGAACUAAAGAGUGGGAGAGUGUUUGGAUUUAAUUUCAAAUAAUGCACUGCACUACCCUUUUAUUGCUGAGGCAGAACAGUAACUGCUUGUGUUAGUCACUUAGACAAAAUGUAUGUAGUAUAUACCAUACUAGCACCCAUUUCACAAUUCUGUUAAGCUUCAGAAUAGGCAAAAAUAGUAAUAAUAAUAAUAAUAAUAAUAAUAAUAAUAAUAAUAAUAAUAUUUUACUUUUACUGUUUUUAAAGAGGCAGUUUAUAAAAAUCAAGGCAGUUUGUAUACUAUGUAUUUGGUUUUGAUUGGUUGGUUUUGUUUGGUGCUGGGAUUGAACCCAAGGCCUUGUGCAUGUUAGGCAAGAGCUCUACCACUGACCUACAUCCCCAGAACUAUAUAUACUAUACAUACACACACACACACACAAUUUUUUUUUUUUGAUAUGGGAUCUUGUGUACUAUAUUUAAAGGAUCAAAGCUGGACUGGCCUUAGAAAGAAGAGACUUAAGAAAGUACAUGUGUAUAUUUCAUGUGACAAUUCAAUGGUAGAAUAAGGAAAAAGUAUUUAAAUUCCAUGAGAAAAAUAAUAUAGCAAUAGUAUUUGCUCAUUCUUUUCAUUACUAUCUUUUUGAUACUGGUAGGAUUUAAAUAGAUUGACGUCCUACUUUACAAUGUUGGCCUCUUCAGAAACAUUGAGGACACAUUAACCUGUUACCAACAGUCCCUACUAACUUUCUGUUCUAGCCACGUUGAAAUCUGAUCAAUGUAAACCUGGAUAGAAACAAAGACAUUUGCCACUUACACAGUAAUUUCUACUGCAUGUUUCCACUCACUUAACCCUUAAAACUGGGUGACUGGUGAGACAAAUACAGAAUUUAAGGUUGUUUAUAGCUAGGAAGAACAGCAUCUAGGCCAGACAACAAUUCUAGAGUACAGCUAUUUGGUCAGCAGUUUGCAUUUGUGUUUUCCUUAUUUUAAAACUGUCUUAUAAGAAACAAAAAUGAUAUAAGAGACUUUGAGGAAAAUCUGAAGACAAUUUUAAUUGAUUGUUAUAAGGAAAUUCAGGUUGUAUGAAAAACUGCUACUUACAAACCCAACCAUGCCUCUUAAUUUUCAUUAAAAUACUUGUCACUGAAAUAA